GUAACAGUUGGGGUCUGUGCGUUGCGCGCAGCGGGGGGGCCUGAUGCCGAGGAACCCUAACCGCACAUGAUCACCAUACGACUUCACUAGGCGCCAUGGGGGCUCGGUGGCGGACAGUUGUCAUCGCCCUCAGCGUCCUGGCGGAAGGGGUGACUGCCUUCGCUGGGAACGCCCUCUCUUCUCCGCUGCCGUCCUGGCCCGAGCUGUUCUCCUCAGUUGCGCCGCCCCGAUCACUGAUCCCCAGACCGGCCUCUCCGAGCCAAUGCAGACCGUCGCGGUGUUCGUGGCCCUCCUGGGCCUGUCGGCGGUGAGCGUCGCGAGCGCCUCCAAGUACAGCCCGGGCACGUGCCACUGCGACUGCUGUGCGCCGGUGGACGGGGGCGAGAAGGAGUGCACCGCUCCCGUGGGCUCGCUCCACAGCCAGACCAAGACCGACGUGUGCCUCGCGGUGUUCUGUACGGAGGGCGACACGCUGGGGGCACAGAAGCAGGCGUUCAGCAACUUCUGCAGCUCCAAGUGCUUCCCGGACACCGCGGUCCCGACCACCUGCCGCCCGAAGGACUGCACGGACCAGGGCGUGAACGUGCACUGCGAGUGAGCGCACCAGCGCCCGUUCCCGGUCGGACGGACCGUGGUGGGAGAAAAAGGGGUUGGGCGCCCGUUGGAGUGUUUAAGGCAGCGAUUGGUGGGGGCAUUUAUUUUUCUAGGCGCCCAGAACGACCAUCUGGCCAGAACGGGCGCUUCCCUUGUGUCUGGACGGAGGGCGCCAGCGGCGUCCCUCGCCAAUCCAGGCCUCGGCCUGGGACCUUUGCGCAGCUGGUGCGAGGGCGAGGGUUAUUGGAAGGGCACCCUUCCGGAGAGCGUUUCUGUUAUUCCUGGUCGAUGACGGGCGUGACUGUGGAUUUUGUGGGGACUGCGACGCUGAUGAAGCUGAGGGCCUGCCAGUUGAGAGCCGGGGCCCGUCACGUCACGAUUCGCGCUGGCACCGUCUGGGAAUGCUCAGGGACUGCUGAUUCCCAAUCGCAACUUGACCAGGGGGGUGAGGAAGGGUGGUGCUGUGGCCGGUC